GAACCCAAGCGCGCAGGGGCGCCCGGCCUGAGCGCUCCCGCCUGGCUCCCGCGCCUCCGCUUCGCCCGCUCUCCGCGCCCCCGGCUGAGAGCAGUGGGCCGGCCCAGAGGCGCCCCGGGCGGCUGCUGAGCGGGUGUCGGGCGGUCACGCUUUCGCAGGACCAGGAGCUCGAGAUGCUUUUGGGCUGCCAUUUGACUGAGUGUGAAAAGCUGACACUGCGAUGGAGAAUUUCAUUCUGUAUGAAGAGAUUGGCCGAGGAGACAAGACCAUUGUCUAUAAAGGGCGGAGGAAGGGAACCAUCAAUUUUGUAGCUAUUCUUUGUACUGACAAGUGCAAAAGGCCUGAAAUAACCAAUUGGGUGCGUCUCACCCAUGAGAUUAAACACAAGAAUAUUGUGGCUUUCCACGAAUGGUAUGAAACCAGCAAUCAUCUCUGGUUGGUAGUGGAGCUCUGCACAGGUGGCUCCUUAGAAAUGGUUAUUGCUCAAGAUGCGAACCUCCCAGAAGAUGUGGUGAGAGAAUUUGGGGUUGACCUGAUUACUGGAUUGCACCAUCUUCACCAGCUGGGCAUACUCUUCUGUGACAUUUGUCCUGGGAAGAUACUCUUGGAAGGGCCUGGCACAUUGAAGUUCAGUAACUUUUGCUUGGCAAAAGUGGAUGGUGAAAAAUUGGAAGACUUCUUUGCUUUGGUGGCAGCAGAAGAAGGAACAGGUGACAGUGGAGAACAUGCACUGAAGGAAACCAUGAAAAACAGAGUCAAAGGAUCCCUUAUAUAUACGGCACCAGAAGUCGUGAGGGGUACUGACUUCUCCGUCAGCAGCGACCUCUGGUCUUUGGGCUGUCUCCUUUAUGAAAUGUUCUCAGGAAAACCUCCAUUCUUCUCAGACAGCUUCUCCAAUUUAGUUGAAGAGAUUUGUUAUGAAGAUCCUUUGCCACCAGUUCCAACAGAUUCUUCUCUUCCUAAAGCAUCUUCAGAUUUUAUAAACUUGCUGGAUGGUUUGCUUCAAAAAGAUCCCAAGAAAAGAUUGACGUGGGCAGGCCUGCUGCAGCAUUCAUUUUGGAAGGAUGCUUUCACCGGAAAACACCAGGACUCAGGCCCCGAGGACUCCAACAUCAGCGGAGAUUUGGCGGAGUGCUCUGGCUCCCAAGAUCCUGAGGAGAUUGUGACCCGCCCUCAGAGUGGACAAGUGGAAGGAGAGAGGAGCUGUCAGCGACGGAGUCGCUCUUUCAGACGAGAAAACCCAUCUGAGUUACGGCCCAAGAAUACUACUGAGAGUCAGCUGAAUGAAUCCAUGUUUCUUCUAAGUUCUCGUCCUACUCCGAGAACUAGCGCGGCUGUGGGAUUAAGUCCUGGUGAGGACCCAUCUCAGCAUUCACCACAGAAGACUUCUCCUUUGAGCAAGAUUACAAGUGGACACUUGAGUCAGCAGCAGCUGGAAUCCCAGAUGCGAGAGCUAGUCUAUACCGACUCUGACCUUGUGGUCACCCCCAUUAUCGACAACCCAAAGAUAAUGAAGCAACCACCAAUUAAAUUUGAUCCCAAAAUACUGCGUCUGCCAACAUAUGCAGUGGAUAAAUUAGUGGUGCUCAAAGACCAAGACUGGAAUGAUUUUUUGCAGCAAGUAUGCUCACAGAUUGAUUCCUCUGAGAAGAGCCUGGGAGCUUCCCGAGCCAAGCUCAAUCUCCUGUGCUAUUUGUGCGUGGUGGCUGGUCACAGUGAGGUGGCCACCAGGCUCCUCCACUCUCCCAUGUUCCAGUUACUAAUCCAGCAUUUGCGAAUCGCUCCAAACUGGGAUAUACGGGCCAAGGUUGCACGUGUGAUUGGUUUGCUGGCUUCCCACACAACUGAGCUCCAGGAAAACGCACCUGUGAUUGAGGCUAUUGCUCUCUUGACUGAAUUAAUCAGGGAAAACUUCAGGAACAGCAAAUUAAAACAGUGCCUUUUACCAACCCUUGGGGAGCUGAUCUAUCUUGCUGCCACCCAGGAAGAAAAAAGAAAGAACCCUAGAGAAUGCUGGGCAGUUCCAUCGGCUGCAUACACAGUGCUAAUGAGGUGCCUUCGGGAAGGGGAAGAACGUGUUGUGAAUCAUAUGGCAGCAAAGAUCAUCGAGAAUGUCUGCACAACCUCUUCUCCACAGGCCCAGGGCUUUAUUACAGGGGAAAUUGGCCCUGUUUUAUGGUACCUGUUCAAGCAUUCUACCAUUGAUUCUCUUAGAAUAACCGCCAUCUCGGCAUUGUGUAGAAUCACUCGCCAUUCUCCUACCGCCUUCCAGAAUGUCAUUGAGAAGGUGGGACUGAACUCCGUGAUCAGCUCCCUGGCCUCUGCCAUCUGUAGAGUUCAGCAGGACUUGCUGACCUUAUUCACUGUCAUGCUGUCUUGUGGGAUUCACCUUCAGAGACUCAUCCAAGAAAAGGACUUUGUUUCUACUGUUAUUCGGUUGCUUGACAGCCCCUCAACGUCCAUUAGAGCAAAAUCCUUCCUGGUUCUUUUAUACGUCUUGACCUAUAACCAUGAGAUGCUGCUGCUCUGCUGCCAAGCAAGACUGGUGAUGUACAUUGAGAGAGACAGCAGAAAGACCAUUCCAGGCAAGCAGCAGCAAAGCGGCAAUGAAUACCUGUCCAAGUGCCUAGACCUCCUCGUCCGUCACAUUGUGCAGGAGCUGCCGCAGAUCCUGGGUGACAUUCUGAAUGCCUUGAAUAAUGUUUCUGGCCGCAAACACCCAUCAACAGUGCAAGUGAAGCAGCUCAGGUCGUGUCUGCCCCUGAUGCCCGUGCUGCUUUACUUGGUAACUUCUCAGGUAUUCCGACCUCAAGUUGUAACAGAAGAGUUCCUUUUCAGUUAUGGGACUAUUCUUAGUCAUAUUAAAUUGAUAGAUUCAGGAGAAACUAACAUAGAUGGAGCUAUAGGACUGAUGGCUUCAGAAGACUUCAUCAAGAUUACAUUGUCAGCCUUUGAAGCUAUAAUUCAGUAUCCAACUUUACUGAAAGACUAUUGCUCCACGGUUGUUGACUAUAUUCUGCCACCCUUGGUCUCUCUGGUUCAAAGCCCAAAUGUGGAGUGGCGACUCUUCAGCUUGCGGUUAAUCUCUGAAACCACAACUCUCCUUGUGACCCAGGAGGUUGGGGACGGCAAGGAGGAGACAAAUGCUGAUUCUGACAACAAUCUUCUAGUUCUCGUUCGAGAUGUCUUACUUCCCCAGUACGAGCACAUCCUUACUGAGCCUGACCCUGUCCCUGCAUAUGCCCUGAAGCUGCUGGUGGCCAUGACUGAGCACAGCCCCAUGCUCACCAGACUUGUAGAAGAAAGCAAACUGAUCCCACUCAUUUUUGAAGUAAUUCUGGAGCAUCGGGAGAACAUUCUUGGUAACACCAUGCAAAGCGUGAUUGCAUUGCUUAAUAAUCUGGUCACCUGCAAAGAAUCAAAUAUCAAACUACUUUAUGAACAAGGAUUGGUUGGCCAUAUCUGUAACCUGUUCACCAAAACUGCCCCACUGUGCUUGGAUCUGGACAAUAAAAACAAGGAGACAGCAGCUGCAGUGCUGUUUUCCCUGCUCGACAUUCUGCACAGCAUGCUCACCUACACAGCCAGCGUGGUCCGACGGGCUCUGCAGGCACAGAAAUCUGGCUCAGGAGAGGACACACAGGCUGCAGAAGACCUGCUGCUGCUCGGCAAACCUCUGACAGAACUCGUCAGCCUGCUCGUCCCGCUGCUUCCUAACGAGGAUCCAGAGAUUUUUGAAGUUUCAUCCAAGUGUCUGUCUAUCCUGGUUCAGCUGUAUGGAGGGGAAAACCCAGACAGCUUGUCUCCAGAAAAUGCAGAGUUCUUUGCUGACUUGUUGACGUCCAAGGAGGACCCGAAGGAACAGAAGCUUCUGUUGCGAAUUCUCAGGAGAAUGGUGGGGAUUGGGUGCUUGAACCCAAGACCCAGCUGACAGAGCUAUACCAGCCCAAUUGGACUUGUGUCUGACUCGUGCCUGUUCAAGUUACUGACCACGUUGAUGAUGAAAUGUCUAGUAGUGAUCUAGACACUGUAGAUUGAUGACGACGCUGUAAACCACUAACAUUAGACAACUAAAUGUAUGUGAAAUAGAGCACAGUCCAUGCACACACACGAAAUACAGGCACAGCAAAUUUGUGAAUUUGACAGGCUGUGAAAAAGUUCUGGGAAUAUUGAUCUGAAAUAGGAUUCUGCUGAGACAUACCACCUCGUCUUCGCAACCAGUAGGAGCAGAUUCUUAGGGGGGAAACAUAUCAAUGUCUUUUCAUCAAGGUACUUCCUCAGUGUUAUGUUACUGGAUUUAACAAUGUCUCCAAGGAAAUGUGCACUCUUUCCAUGCGAUGUUUAGAAAACAAGAUGCAUGACUGCUAUAGAUUGAAAUCACGAUGACUUUUAACAACAGAAACAAGUUGGACAUUCCCAAGAGUCAAGUGAUGUUAUUUCCUGCUGUUUGAGGGGGAUGAUACAAUGCAACUCACUGUAUCUCUUGAUGUCUCUAAUUCAACUGUCCAUGAGUGCCUGUGUGUUUGCUGGCUUGUGAUAAGUACAUCAGGGGUCUUUUGUAAACUGUCUUAAGUUACCCCUGUGUAAACCACUGGGAGGGUUCAAGUUGUGGAAAGUACAUAAUAUGGAAUUCUGGGACCUAGUCAGAUCAAUUGGACAUUACACUUGCCUAUUCUAAAGCACCAUUCUGCUUAAAAAUAAUGCUGAGUUCUGUAAGUUUUGGCGAGAAAUAACAACAGAUGACCCAAAUAGUUGUAUGAUGUCAGCACCCACCCCAGGACUUUCUCCUUUCUGUCC